GUGGAGCUCUAAAGCAGGCUUCAGCCGCUUAAAUCACUCCGCUGCCUAGCGAGAAUGGGAGGAUGGAAAACGAUGUCGAUAUCGUACAUCUCGCAGUCGACUACACGCGACCCAGAAUCUCGUACCACUCAAACUGUGAAUUGCGCAUUACCAGCGUCAACAAUAUCGUGCGAGAGGACUCUCGCAGCUUGGAUCAAUCAGCUCCGCCCUCGAAGCUACUCAGGUCGACAGUGACGGCCAUGGCGUCUUCAUCGGGCUCUGCUCAAGUCGGGACGUCUUCCACUACGAAAGGCGGGGAUGUGAGCGUGACCAUCUCUUUACAUCCCCUUCCCAUAUUGAGCAUUUCGGAGCACCUAACUCGAGAGGUAUCACAAAGGCAUCGCGAUAGGAACGAUGAUGCUGGUCCCUUUGUCUAUGGCGCUCUGCUCGGGACGCAACACGGCAGAGAAGUCCAAAUCCAAAAUUCCUUCGAGAUAAAGGUGGCCAGCAGUAGUACUAGCAACGCUACCGCUUCUCACACUUCUCGCGCUGUGCUCACAAUCGACCAAGAAUGGCUCGAUAAGCGCUUUGCACAGUUCAAGCAAGUCUUUCCCACGCUCGACUUUCUCGGAUGGUAUGGAGUCGGCGUAGCGCCGAGCGCACAGGACCUGUCCAUACACAAGCAGCUACUCGAACACAACGAGUCUCCAUUGUUUCUCCAACUGGCUCCCACCACGGAAGCGCUGACUCACGCCAAGGGUCGAGCGGAGCUGCCAGUCACAGUGUAUGAAGCAUUGCUCGACUUUGAUGGGUCUCAUGCCAUGAGCCAGCCUGCCGUGACAGAUCGCCUUGGCAAUAGAGGGAUGACGGAGCAUGCUGCUUCGGACGAUGCAAUGGACGUCACCGAAGGCGAGCCAUCUUCUCAAGCCAGCAACUUAGAGGUGGCCACGCGCGAGCCGAGCAUCGUAUUUGUGCCAGCGAAGUACGAGCUGAGAACCGGGGAAGCGGAGAGGAUCGCGGUCGACUACACGAGCAAGCCUGCCGAGAGCAGUAGCGAUGGAUCAGAAAGUCGACUCGUGGCCACCUUGAAGACACAACACAGUGCGAUAUCGAUGCUUGCAGAACGCAUACAGACGGUACAUGGAUACGUGCAGGGAAUCUUGGCUGGGAGUGUCACACGAGAUGAAGAGGCGCUGCGACAGGUCAAAGCUGUGCUAGCUGCUUUGCCGCGGAUGGACGAAGUGGAGGAGUUCAUGGAAGAGUAUCACACGGAAUACUCUGAUGUGCUACUCACUCAAUACCUGGGCAGCCUGACUCAGUCUCUACACCUUACAAACGAGCUGGUGGACAAGUUUGACGUUCUGCAAAACACCAGCUCGGCGGCUACAUCGAUCGGAGGCGCCAGCGGCAGUGGGCAUGGGCUGGCGAACAGCAAAGCUGCGCAGGAAUCGGCUGCCCUGUCAGCCGGUGCUGAAUUGGAAAUCGAAAGCCCUUCCGGGGAACAUGCUGGGGGGCUUUUCUACGCUUUGCCACCUGGGAAGAGCAAGGGCAGGAGCUUGCGCAGCUAGACGCUCGAGUUGCAAGAGAGUAGCAAUGGUCUCGUCCGCGCUGAACAUGUGAUUUGUUCGAGGGCCGGUUUGGCAACAUCAUAAGGUCACCCAUCGAGACGAAUGUGCGUGCGCGAGAAUAGAAUAAUGUGCUCCACGGUAGCCAUGCCCUAGAUCUCUUUCACGCCGUGCAUAUGAACCGAGCAAGAGAGAGGGAGAGAGAGAGCACCAAUAUUAAGAAUUACAAAGAAAGUCGAAA